AUGGGACAGAGGAACAAUGUCACAGAAUUUGUCCUCCUGGGCCUCACUCAGGAUCCUGAUGUGCAAAAAGCCUUAUUUGUUCUGUUUUUACUCAGCUACAUUGUGACAAUGUUGGGCAACCUGCUUAUUGCGGUGACCGUUAUUGCCAGCCCCUCUUUGGACUCUCCGAUGUACUUCUUCCUUGCCUACCUGUCACUCAUGGAUGCUGUGUAUUCCACUACUAUUUCACCCAAGCUGAUUGUAGACUUACUCUGUGAGGUAAAGACUAUUUCCUUCCAUGCUUGCAUGUUACAGCUCUUUACAGAACACUUGCUUGGUGGUGCUGAGGUCUUCCUUCUGGUGGUGAUGGCCUACGAUCGCUAUGUGGCCAUAUGUAAGCCACUGCACUAUUUGACCAUCAUGAGUAGACGGGUUUGCAUCCUCCUAUUGGCAGUGGCCUGGGUUGGAGGUUUUGGACACUCUGUGAUUCAACUUGUCAUUGCGUACAGGCUCCCUUUUUGUGGCCCCAAUAUCAUUGAUCACUUCAUCUGUGACAUGUACCCACUGUUGGAACUUGCGUGCACUGACACCUACUUCAUAGGCCUCACUGUGGUUGCCAAUGGCGGGGCCAUCUGUAUGGUGGUCUUCAUCCUCCUCCUCAUCUCCUAUGGCGUUAUCCUGAAUAACCUCAAGGCUCAUAGUCAGGAGGGGAGGCGCAAAGCCCUGUCUACCUGCAGCUCCCACAUCACGGUGGUUGUCCUGUUUUUUGUUCCCUGUAUCUUCAUGUAUGUUCGCCCUGUUUCUAACUUGCCUAUUGAUAAAUCCAUGACUGUUUUUUAUACUGUUGUCACUCCCAUGCUGAAUCCUUUGAUAUAUACCUUGAGAAAUGCAGAAAUGAAAAACUCCAUGGAGAGAUUCUGGUGCAAAAUGUUAGGUACAGACUGA